AUGCACAAGGUCUGUCGGCUGGCGGUUCCAUCAGCACGCCUGGCCUCGUCAAGGGGCAGCUCGAGACUUGCAGGUGCCCUCUUCACGGGUCCGCUUCCACACGUUCGCGCGCUCCGGAACAGAUCGCGACCGGAUUAUGAAGAUGGAGAUGGAGGGCACGACAUAGAUGCUGGGUCUGGACAGCCAGCAGCAGCAGAUGAUGAGGAAGCCACGCCCUCGGCGGAGGAGGCGCGGGUGAUCGAGCUGACGAGGCGGUGGGCCGACCAGGUGGUCGUGGGCCUCCGGCUCUGCCCCUUCGCCCGCCUGGACGAGACGCGCAUCGUCUGCGCCCCGGCCGGCGAGGCCGACGACCUCUCCUCCUUCCUCGCUUUCCUACGCAAGGAAGUCCAAGUCCUCCACGACCAACCCCACGUGGCGAGCACGUUGGUGGCGCUGCCGCACGUGGAAGACUUUGCGCAGUUCGAGGCCUUCAAUGCGGCGGUCAACAUCGCCACGGAGGACUUGUCCACGGACGACGACGGAGAAGAAGUCGAGACGGUGCAUCAGAUAGCCCAGUUCCACCCGAGGUUCAGGUAUGAAGGCGAGGAGGAGGACUCCGUGGAGAACUACACGAGCCGAUCGCCCUACCCCACCGUGCACCUCAUCCGCGCGUCCAUCAUCACCGCUGCACGCGAGGUCCGCAAGCGGGGCCCAUCGGCGAUGAGCAGCGCCGACCAAGACAGCACCUUGGCGUCUAACAAGAAAGAGGCACAACACAAGAAGACAAAGAAGACAACGCCCAGGGCAUGA